AUGUAUAUUCAACUUCUGAUUUUCUCGUGUCCUGACUGCUUUCUUUUAAGCCGAGCCAUCAUGUUCCAGCCGCCCUGCCUUCAUUUGGGUCAGCACUGCUCCCGCGACAAAGGGUCACGGUGUGCAUGUUCCCUCCACAGGAUUGAUACCUCCCUUUGCGUUGUGCCUGAACUUCGGAGUGUCUGUGCUAUAUGCCUGUGCUUUUAUUACUAUCCAGCACCUGGCUUUGACAAUUCCGAAUUUAUGCGUUUAUUGCAGAAUCUCGUUAUGCUUCCUUCGCUCGCGCUCCUCUACGUCCUGGACACGUUUGCACCGGUUUCUCGCCCUAACACAUCUUUCUAUACCUAA